AGAAUUUUGACUCCGAAAAUAUUUCAGAUGCGAAGAACCGCGAAAUGGAUGAUGACUUGCUGCCUCUUUUAGGCAUUGGUGUGGUUGAGCCAGAUGGAGAAGAUGAUGAUUCUUCAAGUGGUAGCGAGGAAAGCGAAACUUCUGAAGGGGAAGACGAUAGCAGUCAGUUGAUAAGACAGGAAUCUAUUACAUUUGAUCAAUCUCUACCCGUCUCACACUCGUAUUUAGGGGAUGAUUUGGAGGAUGUCCGAGGUCGUACCUAUUAUGAGGAGGGCUCUACCAUUUCUAUCCCUGUCAUACAGCUACCAGGAAUGGUCCUGGUCCCCGAUCAAACCAUUCCUCUACAUUUAUUUCACCAGCACACAGUCGCCAUGCUGAAGGGAGUGAUGGACAAGGAUAACACAUUCGGCAUCGUAGCUUACAGAUUCUCUGAAGAUGAUGGUGGUCAUAUUAUUGCAAACAUUGGAACAACAGCAGAAAUAUUUUCUGUCAAGGAUGAGACUGAUGAUAGAACAGGACUAGCUUCCAUCAGAGUAAAGGCCAAAGGUCGUCAGAGGUUCAAGGUCAUGGAGUCAAGAAGAACAGCUACAGGGAUCUUGAUGUGCACAGUUAAGAUCCUAGAGGAGAAAGUUCUAGGGGACGUUUUGAGUGAUGCUCGGCCCACCUCCCAUUGUAAAUUUUGCUGUGAACCUUUAGACCAGGGCACAUCUACAAAGACUGCUGUAGACAGACAGGGAAACAUACUGUCCAGUGUAACCAUGUUUAAUACUCCACAGGUAAACCGCUUUUCUGCAGCAUACUUGACGUGGUGGCCUCCAUGGGUGUACAAGAUGUAUGAUCCUGAAUUAGUGGUAAGAAAUGUGAAGAGAGAGUUGUUUAAGUGGAACACAUCUUACACACCUGAGAAGUUGCCUAGUCACCCUGUGGAGUUGUCGUACUGGUUAAUACAGAACUUACCACUAGACGACAAUCUCCGCCUCAAUCUUCUGGGGAUAGACAGUGCAAUACAGAGACUGAGGUGUUCACUUAGUAUUGUACAAAAGUGUUCAACCCUGUGUUGUAAAGAGUGUAAUACAAACAUUGCCAACAAAAACGAUGUCUUCUGUCUCUCUGUGGAGGGGCCCUUAGGGGCUUACGUGAACCCCCAGGGGUACGUCCAUGAGACCAUGACUGUCUACAAGGCUCAGAAUUUGAAUCUCAUUGGACGAGCUACUAAAGAACAUAGCUGGUUUCCAGGCUAUGCUUGGACAAUAGCCCAAUGUAGGAGGUGUGCUUUUCACAUUGGUUGGAAAUUUACAGCAACACGUAAAGAACUGACUCCCCAGAAAUUCUUCGGACUGACUAGAGCAUCCGUUAUUCCAGGUCUGCACCAAACAGAGGAGAAUGAAGGAUGGGUACCAGUCAUGUGAUGUCACUUCCAGUUCCUGAGAAUGAGGAAUGGGUACCAGUCAUGUGAUGUCACUUCCUGUUCCCGGUCUGUGAUUAUUUCAGCAAUAUUUCCAUUAUUACUGAAUUCCACAUUUUGUGCCAAGUUUUCAUUGCAUGUGAUAUAUUUUAUUUAAAUGCAUAGAGAUAAGAGUAAAAGUGAGUGGAUAUUUAGAUCAUUUAUAAUUUUCAAGUGAGUUAGUGCAUGAAUUUGCAUUUAUGUUCAAUGCAAAUUGUUUAGGUUAUGCAAAUUUUCCAAAGUAUCUAUACUUUGGAAAGUAGUUUUAUAUAAACCAUUACAAAUUCUGUUAACACAAAUACAGUGUAUUUGUUUGUGGUGAAAUGGAAGCAAGCAACUUGUAAACAUUACCAAAACUCUUUUGUAAUUUUUUAAAGCGAUUAAUAAUUUUGAGUUCGGGGUUACUUUAUAUUGCUUUCCAAAUGUCAGUGUUUGUCAAAUUCAUGAUGUUUUUACAUUUGUAUAUAUCUUUGUGCAAAGUGCUUGCUUUUUGUCUUUCAUAAAUCAAAUGUAAUUUUAGUUACAGAAAAGUAGGAAAUCUCGACUUAUUAAGCAUGUACAUGUAUAUACUCAAUUAUAAAUAUUGGCCAACCAUUAAACAAUUGUGCAUUUCCCAUAACUUCGAUAAAAUAUGUCAUUGACACAAUUAUUGUUGGAAAGUUUUGACCAAAAAAUUAAAAAUAUAGCCAUUUUGUAAUCAUAAAGAUUUUUUAUAAUACUAUUUAGUAAAAGUAUUUUUUAUGCCACAUUUUGUGUAGACUUAUUUUGAGUCCAAAUUUAUAGUUGAGUAUAUAUUUCAUUAUAAAUGGUAUGUAAUCUUGGAAGAUUUGAGGCUUUAGGCUAUCAUCUGAGGCAGUCUUAAUCUUCAAAUCUUUAAAAUGUUGACUUUAAAGAUAUUUUUUUUAAAAAGUUGCAUUUAUCUGUAUUUGUACCCAUUGAAAGUUUAAAAAUUUUCAAUGGCAGUUUCCCAGGUUAGCCUCACAAAACAUAGAUGAGUAUCAAGAACCAUGUAUGUGUUCAUUUUAAGAAUUGCAUAUUGAAAAUGAUGCUUGUGUAAAAAAAAAAAUUAGAAAAAAUUUCAGUGACAAUUUCUUCAAAUUAACUUCACCACACUUAAACAGGGUAUCAGGAACCAUGUUUUGUUCAUCUGAAGAAUAAUUGACUGUUGGCAUAUUUAAAAAAAAAUAUGUGUAUUAAAGGCUUGUACUGAACAUUUGAUCAUCAUUAAUUUGUAAAACACAUUAGUCAUCAAUCAUCUUCAAAACUCUGUUAUUUAAAAAAAAUGAAUUUAUAUGAACUCAUGUAAACUUAUUUUCUGUAAUUAUACAGUGCAAUUAAAGACAUUACAAAAUAAUGUAAUAAAAUGAUAACAUUGUAACAUUGGAAAGCUGAAAUCUGUAGAAUGGUAGGAAUUUAUAAAACUCUUAAGCAAAAAAAAAAAAAAAUGAAAGUGAAAAGGAUAAACUGUUCACCUAAAUAAAAAAUUACACAUCUGGAUAAAUUUGGGCACAAUGUGACUCAAAUGGCAAAAUAUGUGAGUAACCAAUUUUUUUUUUAUAGACAUGACACUAAGAAACUUUGAAUCAUUCAAAGAGACAAAGCAAAUAAAAAAUAAUUUAAAAUCUGAA